AUGGCCACCGCGCCGAGCUCCCGUGCUCGCGCCCAGCCCCUUGCGUCGGCCUUCAGCUCGCGAAGCUUCCCUGGUGGCUGCUCUCGUUUUCCAUAUCCGCGCCCAACCGAGGUUCCUCCCUACGCGUGGGAGGGGGAGGAGGAGGCCACGGGCCUACCGUCCGACGUGUCGCGCGGCCACUUCGCGGUGUAUGUGGGUGAGCGGCGGUGCCGGUUCGUGGUGCCCAUCGCGCUGCUGGACCGCCCCGAGUUCCGGUACCUGUUGUGGCGCGCCAAGGAGGAGUUCGGGUUCGCGGGCGCCGGCGGCACCCUCGUCCUCCCCUGCGAGGAGGUUGCCUUCCGCUCCCUCACCUCCGCGCUCGCCUGCACCCGGUGA